CGCAAUCACACUGCCCAUCUCCAAAUUCUCCAUGGAGCACAAUCUCCAUCCGAAUAAUUAGUUGAAAAGCCUCAUCUCCAUCAUUGGGCCUGCGCCUCUCGAUUUGCGCACAUUUUUGGUAUUAUUGGGAUACCUACCUAUCCGACCCGAUCACUCUGAGCACUCUCUCAUUCACUCACUCGCUCACUCCCUGUGACGCGCCCGUUUUGCACAGUGCACAAAGCUUUUUGCAAAAACGCCCAACGAGUGCUGUGCUGUGCUAGUCUGUCUACCUCACUCAUGCUGCCUGACUGUGUCAGCUUGUGAUGCCACUGCGAGAACAGCUUCCUCUCCCCAGCAGCAUUCCUCCUCCUCCUCCUCUUCAUCCAGCAGGAGCCAUAUCACCACACAAUUCCUCCACGCCGUUAAUUUCCGAGCGCCAACGAGAAGACCAGCGGGACGUCGAAGCCACGCCCACGGCAUUGGUAGGAGGCGACAGUGACGGAAAGAGUCUGAAAAGGCGGCUGCUUGAUCGUGCGCGUAGGAAGCAGGACGACGACGACGACAACAACAACAACCACAAUAUCAACAACAUGCAAACACAAAUGGAGGCAGCCAACACGGCCGCUUUCGAGACGGCUGCUAGUGCGGCCGAUGUUCACACUACAGCGCCAUUGGGACAGCAGAAGGUGGUAGACGCUUCCACCAAGCCGCGAGCACAGCGGACUCCAGUCUCUCCCUCGCGACUACCCUACCAUUCCACCCUCUCCGCAUCACCCUCACGCUUGCGAUCCACCUCGCCCCGACUGCAUAGCCCAGCGUCUUCGGAAAUCUUCGAACGCAAUGUGCAGGAGCCCAUACCGAUAUCUACGCUGGGCAGCGAGCUCACCGACGCGCAUAUCCCCGCGCAUGUCAUGACAGAAGACGACAUCCCCCCCGCGCUCGAUGCCUCGGCCGAAGCCAUCACGAGCAAGUCAUUGAAUCCCGAUCAAGUCGAGAUCGUGAUGUCGACUGCGCACCAGCCGGCCGCAGCGAGCGUGCUGGAAGGCAGUCUUGCGGACUUGAGCUCCCUCCACUCUCAAGUGCGACAUGAUGCUUCUCUCGAUUCCGAGACCGCUUCGAGCCUGCAUGCAUCCAGUAUACUGCCGAGCCUCGACGACGACGUUGCAAGCAAUUAUGGCCAACUCGAUCCCACCGACGUUCGCCGCUUGAGCUUCAUCUCCUUCAAAGACAUUGUUCAUAGCGAACACCAACAGCAGCAGUACAUGGCUGGCUCCGGGUUGGGAGAGGUUGGAAGCCGGGAUUCUCUUCACAUUGGUGGCCACUCAUUCAGCAGCUCCAUCAACGAGCGUGCGGCAUCUCCCUUACGAUCGCCUCGAUCUCCCACGUCUUCGCACAGUCAGACGGUUGCAUCGGGCGGUCUCGCAACUCCGCCACCCGGAGGAAACGUUGUCAAUCCGUCACUCGAGCAGUCUCCGGUCAGAUUCGGGAGUCCCGGAAGCCUGCAUGGGGCUGGACAUGGGGAAUUGACCAUCGAGACGAUGCGACAGACGAUCCGAAAGACUGCAAGUGGUGACCUGAGUAGUGUCAGACAGAGAGAGGGCAGUGAUGGCCACAGAGGAGCGGGGAUGAGUCCUGUGAGUGACGAGAUUGAUCUGAUAAGACAGGCACAAAGCAGGAGUCGGGCGAAUUCAUAGCACGUGCCUGGGUACGGUAUUGCGAGAUUGCAAGGAAAGAGUGAAUGGGACCACUGGCUGGCGCAAUGCCCCGGCUGACAUGAUUGAUGAGAGUGCUGGGAGAAUGAACCGUGCUGAAGACAUUUUCUUCUUCUUCUUCAUCUUCUUCUUCUCCUUCUUCUUCUUUUUGGCGCAGGCUGUUUCUUUUUUCAUUUCCCGCUUCGGAUGGAUAUUCUUUUUCCAGCCAAUAGUAAGGUACCUUAGAUUCCCAACCUCGUCCGCAAGUCUGCUCAUAUCUUGGGAUCUCAAGCCUCAUGCUUCUCUCUCUCUCUCUCUCUCUCUCUCUC